AUGUCUAGGUCUGAGGCCCACGAAGCUCGCAACACUACACUUCGCGAGGUGUUCUCAAAUCGAGACACUGCAAAAGCUGGAGCGACUGCGGAUGCCAUCGUAAUUCCUAACAGAGCUCGUCUCUUGGCUUUGAGCCAUGAAGUGCAGGAUGUGCCCAACAGUGAUGGCGCAAAGAUUCAUUGGAUAGGCGGCACAGCGGCUGACAAGGUGAUACUCUACUUCCAUGGUGGUGGCUAUGGUCUGCCGGCCUUUGAUGGGCAUGUAAUCUUUCUUAGUCAAUGCGCCGAGAAGCUGAAGUCUCAAGGACACAAUACUAGAGUUGCUUUACUGGAAUAUGGGUUGACGACGGCCAAGAAGUAUCCAACCCAAUUUAUUCAAGCUACGGAAGGCUUGCGAACAGUUCUCUCCACUGGAUAUCGUCCUGAAAAUGUUAUUGUUGGCGGAGAUAGCUGUGGGGGCAACAUGGCCCUUGCUCUAAUAUCUAUUCUGCGCCACGGCCACCCGGAUAUCCAACCACUGAACCUUGCGAGGCCACUUGCUGGUCUACUUCUCAUUUCCGCAUGGGUCAAUUUCAAGUCCAGCUCCCAAUCUUACGCACUCAAUGAAACACGUGAUAUCCACAUGAAGCAGCAAAUGCAUGAAUGGGCCACCGACUUCUGCACCGAAGAGGAAAGAAAUAAUUACACCGAGCCAGCAGAAGCACCAUCAUCGUGGUUCAAAGAAAUACCGGUGUCAAAAAUCCUGAAUAUUUUCGGUAGUUACGAGCUCUUUAGGGAUGAUAUUGUCAAGCUUGGGCGGGUCCUGAAACAAGCAGGUGCAAAUGUUAUGGACGUCGAAUGUCCUAUGCAGGUACAUAUCGACUGUGUGUUGGAUGCUCAGACUGGCUUGGAAGUUGGGCCUAUGUCAACUGAAACAUGGCGUUGGCUAGAAGGGGUAUUUUGA